AUGCAAUAUCGUUCAUCAGUCCAGUUGGCCAGGCGUGUUAUUAAACCCUGCGAUGUGUUUAUUAAUCAUAGAGGGAUUGACACAAAGCGAACAAUAGCCACGUUGUUGUACGAUUAUCUGUCUCGGCUCAAUCUACGUCCCUUCUUAGACAACAAGAACAUGAAGCCUGGAGACAAAUUGUUUGAAAAAAUUGAUACUGCAAUACAUGGCUGUAAGAUUGGUGUUGCUCUCUUCUCGCCUAACUACUGCAAGUCGUAUUUCUGUCUGCACGAACUGGCUCUUUUCAUGGAGUCCAAGAAGAAGGUCAUCCCUAUCUUUUGCGACAUUAAGCCGUCUCAGCUGCAUGUUCCACGUAAUGGAGUUUGUGCGGAGAAGGAGCUCCGGAGGUUUAGCUGGGCUCUCGAAGAGGCCAAGCACACCGUCGGGCUUACGUUCGACUCCUUCAAAGGGAACUUCGCAGAUGUUGUAACAAGCACCUCGGAAAUUGUGAUCAAGAGCUUGAUAGAGCUUGAGAAUGAUGAGCAGAUCAUCAUGAAGCGUCGACGGAAAUCUCCCCUGAUCUCUUCAUAAAACAAACCAAUUAUAUAUAUAUAUGCUACAUCGAUGAUCACGGAUCGUACCGUAAAUGACAUCGACAACUGAUCAUUCUUCAUCGAUCAACUUUCCUACUAAUGGGUUCUGCAUCGUUUUUGUUCAAUAUCGAUUUGUUUCGGUCUUUAAGCCAAAUUUCAUUCUUUGUAAAAGGGAAACUAUUUUUUUUUUUUUUUUUUUAUAAAAAACUCGAAGUUUUUUUGUUUUUGUUUCCCUGA